UAUCUGGGUGGGCCGACCAGUGUAAGGGGCUUCAGCAUGUACAGCAUCGGCCCUCAGAGUGAAGGUGAUUACCUCGGUGGGGAGGCAUAUUGGGCUGGAGGGCUUCAUCUGUACACCCCGCUCCCAUUCAGGCCAGGUAGAGGUGGCUUCGGAGACCUUUUCAGGACACAUUUCUUUCUCAAUGCCGGAAACCUGUGUAACCUCAACUAUGGGGAAGGACCCCGGGCACACCUGAGCAAGCUGGCCGAAUGUAUCCGCUGGUCUUAUGGAGCGGGUAUUGUGCUGCGUCUAGGGAACAUCGCUCGGCUGGAGCUCAACUAUUGCAUUCCCAUGGGUGUCCAGAGCGGAGACAGGAUAUGUGAUGGAGUGCAGUUUGGGGCUGGAAUCCGGUUCCUGUGAUACCACGAGUCCCGUUUUAGAACAAAGAAGCAUUUCUGUCACUUUGUACUUGUGAUCAAGGAUAUUCAUUCGAUUCCACUUCGAGCUGCAAAGUAAUGCAAUGAAUGUUGGCUAAUUUCUCCGUUUUGGCGAACAUGCUAAAAAAGGAAAAUUGUCCAAAAAGAUUUGUUAGGAAUCAGUCGCCCAUUUUAAAGUUAUUGGCACUUCAGAGGGGAAUAUAUUGGACAUCAGUGCUCUUAUUGUCAUAUUUAUUUGUCAGAACAAGUUCAAUAAAUAAUGUUUCU